UAUACGAAUGUCGUGCACGUGGGCAGAUACCCGUUGUCCAGACAUCAGUAGAUAGUCGAAAAUGGCGUCUCUACCAGUCGUGGAUCUCUCAUGUGACGACAGGAAAGCAUCCUCCAAGGUUGUAGAAGCAAUGCAGACAGUUGGCUUCGUGCUGCUCGAGAAUGUGCCACAUUUCGACGAAAAACUCGUUUUCAAUGCUACUGAGUGGUUCUUCAACUUGUCAGACGAGACGAAAUUUUGUGUAACGAGAAAGAAAUGGAACAAGCGAGCAAAAUCUGUUUACCGCGGUUACUUUCCGGUUGAUGACACAUCAAUUUCAUACAAAGAAGGAUACGAAUUUGGUCCCGAGAUAUCAGCGGAUAAUCCAGAGCUGGUGACGGCGUCUCCAUUUAUUGAACACAACGUAUGGCCAGAGAGGAAGGAGGGUGAAGAUGAAGAAGCAUUUGUCAUAUUCAAACAGACGAUUAGAUCACAAUACAAAGCCGUGUUUGAUGCAUCUGUUAAUUUCAUGCGUUUGUUGGCGUUGGGUUUGGGUUUGAAGGAGAAUUUCUUUGAUCACUUGUUUAUUCCCAACACUCUCUCUACUCUUCGUCUGCUCUGCUAUCCUCCUCGUCCUGGACCACCACCAGCCGAUGCAGUCUGUGAUGACGGUACAGUGCUCUACUGCAAUGACCAUGCAGAUGUUGGCAUCAUGACUAUGGUGACAACUUUUAAUAAGCCAGGUCUGCAGAUCAAAAGUCCUGAUGGGAACUGGUUAGAUAUUCAGUCUCCUCCUGGGAGUGUUAUUGUCAACUUGGGGGAGAUGCUGUCAGAAAUGUCUGGCAACAAUAUCAAGGCAACUCAUCACAGGGUGGUCGACACGGGAGGAAUGAGACAUUCUUGUGCUUUCUUCUUGGAGCCGGGAUACUUUGCACGUAUGCCUAGAUCAUUGCCCCUCCCUGACCAACAGGGUGAAAGAAAGAAGAGUGAAGACAAGAUGGAGUUCUUCGAGUUUGGGCCUCUUUUACGAGAGAGGCUCAAGAGAAAUACAGAAUUUGGUGAUGACUGGAUAUGAGCAAAGCAAAUCAACUUUGUAUUUUUAUUAUGGAUAUUGAGUGUUUGCACAGAUUCUGAAAUGUUCCUAAAGGCAUGAGUGUAUAAAUUACAUGUUGUCUGCAGCCCCACUGUAAUAAAUAUUUUCAGUUGGCAAAAAGGCCUUGAUUCCUAAAUCAAUGGUGACUGACCCCUUUUCCGAUUCCUAAUCAAUGGUGACCCCUUAUUAGAAAUGGAAUCAGUGCACCUUGGCAUUUCAACAAACAGUAUACUGCAUCAGCUUUUUGUACCAACUGAGCCAAAGGGUAUGCUGUAACUAUGCGUAGAAGGCUGAGAAAAUAACACAGCAACGGUCUUGUUGUGUCGCCUACAUCUACUGUCUAAUAGACA